GGGGUGAUGCAAUGGCAGUGACAGAGGAGGGCGGUUCUCCUUGUUGUUGUUGCUGUUUUGACUCUACAAGCCAAAGAAUUGGAAGACAUUAACUUCAGUUGAAUUGUAAAUAAACAGAUCUUUUGCAUUCUGGCAAAAUGGCUGAUAGUCCGAACUGUGAUUUGAAAUCUCUGAGUCCGCUUCAGCUGUUUGAAAGAGUAACUGAACAAGGAGAGAAAGUCAGAGCACUGAAAGCAGGAAAAGCACCAAAGGAUGAAAUUGAUGCAGCAGUGAGGAUGCUAUUAUCAUUAAAACUGUCAUAUAAAACAACAACAGGGCAAGAUUAUCAGGCAGGUUUGCCUCCAAGAGACCUUGUAUUAAUAAACAAUGGUACAACUAAAGAAGAAGAUGAGGAUUUUGUGGACCCCUGGACUGUGCAGACAUCAAAUGCUAAAGGCGUGGAUUAUGACAAACUCAUAGUUCGGUUUGGUAGCAGUAAAAUUGACACAGAUCUCAUCAAUCGAAUAGAAAGAGCUAUUGGGCAAAAACCUCACCGCUUUCUACGUAGAGGAAUCUUUUUUUCUCACAGAGAUAUGGACCAAAUCCUUGAUGCUUAUGAAAAUAAGAAGUCCUUUUACCUUUAUACAGGCAGAGGGCCGUCCUCUCAGGCAAUGCAUGUUGGUCAUCUUAUCCCAUUUAUAUUCACAAAGUGGCUGCAAGAAGUAUUUGAUGUUCCCUUAGUUAUACAAUUAACUGAUGAUGAGAAAUACCUCUGGAAGGACCUGACAACUGAGAAGGCAUAUGAGUAUGCUAAAGAAAAUGCAAAAGACAUCAUUGCAUGUGGUUUUGAUGUCAAUAAAACCUUCAUAUUUUCUGAUUUAGACUAUUUGGGGUCAAGUACCGGAUUCUACAAAAACAUCGUCAAAGUUCAGAAGCAUGUUACAUUUAACCAAGUGAAAGGAAUCUUUGGCUUUACAGACAGUGAUUGCAUUGGAAAGAUCAGCUUUCCUGCUAUUCAAGCUGCUCCGUCCUUCAGUUCAUCAUUUCCACAGAUCUUCAAUGGCAAGGAGAACAUUCAGUGUCUUAUCCCAUGUGCUAUCGAUCAGGAUCCUUAUUUUAGAAUGACCCGGGAUGUAGCACCUAGAAUUGGGCAUCCUAAACCAGCCUUACUGCACUCAGUCUUCUUCCCAGCCCUGCAAGGAGCACAGACAAAAAUGAGUGCUAGUGAUCCAAACUCCUCCAUCUUCCUCACUGAUACACCCAAACAAAUCAAGACAAAGAUUAACAAGCAUGCCUUCUCGGGAGGCAGAGAUACCAUUGAAGAGCACAGGAAGUAUGGAGGUAACUGUGAUGUUGACGUGUCUUUUAUGUACCUGACUUUCUUCCUAGAAGAUGAUGACAGGCUUGAACAACUGAAGCAGGCAUACACAAGUGGGGAAUUGCUCACGGGGGAGCUGAAGAAGGUUCUUAUUGAAACAUUGCAGCCCUUGAUAGCAGCUCAUCAAGAGAGACGGAAGCAGGUCACAGACGAAAUGGUGAAGCAAUUCAUGACUCCACGGAAGCUAGCUUUUGAAUUUUGAAGAAAUGCGUAUGUAACUUACCACUUGAUAAACCAAAACUGAGUAAUUGUUGUCUUCUGUUGUAUGUCAUCACUCCCUAGUUAUGUACAGCCUGCAAUCAGUGCUUUAUAAAUACUGCUUUUAAUGAGUUAAUUACAAGGAACAUUGGGUACAGGAAAAGUUUAAAAUAGGACUCGUAUCUAUUUAAAAUCAGAAUAUACAAGACAGAAUUGCCCAGUCUUGCAGAAAAGCAUGUCUGUCAGCACAACACUGUAUUUUAUUGUAUUUCAUGUUGAAAAUAUAAAUAAAACUUCCAUUUUGAUGAUAAA